AUUAGGUUAUGUUCUCUAUCAUUGUAUUGCCUGCUAUAAGCCUAACUCUUUCACAUUUUCGACCGGAAAAUUUGUUUUUCCCCUUAAAAAUCAACAACUGUCUGCACUUUGAUCGAUUGGAUUCAGUCAUGAAAGGGUUUACGUUUACAAAGUUUGUCCCUUUAUGUUAAAUAUCUUCAUCAUUUUUAGAACAGUUGAUCAACGCACCCUUAAUCUUCAUUCGGCUCAGAAAUGAAAUUAUCAGAGAUCAGACAUGCACAGCAUACUUUACGUUGGUUUCAACGCCACUGGCGUGUUCAAGGACGACGAACCCCAACAAGAACUUAUGACUUCAAAGUCUUAGCAAGGCAUAAUAUUCCUGUAGAAAAUGCACUAGAUGUUAUCAAAGAACCACAUAGCAAGCCAUGGACAGACGCAGAUUUUGCCCCCUAUGGAACGGUUGGAAAGGUGCUCCCCUUAGAUGAAAACCACCCUCUUUACCAUGAAGAGCCCCUGUAUACAUUCAAGGAUCACAACGUACUGGUAGAAGGUGUUGAGCAGGCUAAAUUACUUACCAAGACAGUUGAAGUGAAGGCAGGUUUGCCAGCAGAGAUUGAGAACCGAAUAGGAAAGACGCCUUCGCAUCCAGACCAGCAUACAUUUGUCGAACGGUUGAUUUUAUCUUCCGUUGCAUUUGAUUUGAAGCAAGAUAGAUUACCAAGGCUGAUUGAUCCUAAGCGACCUGCUUACGUUUUUCCUCGUAGAUAUGGAGUUGGGGACAAGCGUAAAAAUCUCCUGAUGUUCAAUCGUCUCCUACAAUUGACCGAAAAUAUUUUCGGUGGAGAAAUUAUGAAUAACAGGCAUCUCGUCCGUGAUGCUGCGAUCUCUGUUCCGAUCAAAGCGGAUGGCUUAAAUAUCCAAUUUGAGAUCACGGCUGAGAUGUUAUUGAUGGCGGAAUCUGCACUACCCAAGCUUGUUGAUGUGCCAAGAGGUCUUGACUUACCUAACUUGUUUCCAUUAAAGCCUCACAUUUCACUUGAAGAAUCUAAUCACUACGAAAUGACAGACAAAUUCCCAUUGAAGCCCUCCGCUGGUAAACUGUUCAUUCAUACAGCCUUCCUGCAUUUUAACGCUGACACAGAGGUGAAAAAUCUGUAUGAUGAACCUGUCACUGAUUCACAAUUCUUGAGCAGGUCGCUGGUCAAGUCGUUUGCAAUAGCAGCUGCCCAAGCUCGAUAUAUUUAUGGGAAUGAUGUGGAAGAUCUACCAGAGCCGAUUGUUAUUCAAUCCAUCCAUACAGACUCGGUCAAUUUUCACUUCAAUGUUUUCCAAUUGAAUACUUUGAAUAUCAACAGUGAGCAUGAUGUACGGAACGUCUGGUGGUCUGAUCCUAUGAUUAAAUUAUACUCUCAGGGUGACUUCGUAGAUUCGAUUCCUGUCCUGGAUGAUUACAACCCAGAAGUUUUUGAAAAAUUCCUCGCUUUUUAUUCUAACGGUACGACUCAACAGUGAUUGUAAAUAUUUGUGUUAUUGUUAAUUGUUCUAAGCACUUUUGUCAAAUUUUCCACCUCCAAAUAAAGUUAUGAUUUUUUGUAGCUAA